CAUACCCUGCUGCACACUAUUGGGGGAGUGCUAACACAGGCCUGGGGUUCUUCCAUGUGGAAGCUAGAGAUGUUAGUGAUAGCAAUUGGCUUAACUUUGGAAAUGUAGGCUUAGUGGUUGUGGAUGGAGGGAAUAUCACAGGAGAUGAGCUUGGGCAAUGUUUCGCUGAGAUGUGGAAAACCAACUGGCCAUGGCAGAUAAGACCAUGUGAUAAAAACAAAUUCCUGGUGAGGUUCCCCCCAAAUAAAAGAAUUGCUGAGUUUGCUGAGUACCCAUCCAUGAAUCUGAAAAGGAAGAAAGCAACUAUAUCUUUCAUGAAAUGGGGAGGAGAAAUGCCAGAAUAUGAGUCCUCGAUAGAAACUUGGAUAGUAAUGGAAGGAUUGCCCCCAAAGUGGAUAAGCUGGAGUGUUAUAGCUCAAGUGGCAUCCAUUUUAGGGGUUCUGGUUAAUAUUGAUUGGCACAUGAUAUUCAGAAGCUUUUAUGAGAAAGUGAGAAUUCAAGUUGCAGUCAGAGACCCCAGCAAAAUACCUACUGAUAGAGUGGUGGAAAUUCAGCAUGAGUUGUAUCUGUUGAGGCUUGCAGUGGAAAAAGAUGCUGAAGAAAGCUCCAAUUCUGACAACCCAUCUGACCCUACUAGCAAUAAGAUUGAGGACACCAAUGUCAACAGUGAUGAUGAUCUGCUGGGAGAAGAAAUGCAAACUGAGAUGGAAAAGUCUGGGAAAAUUAUUAAUACCCCAAGGCCCUCUGCUGCUCCUAGAGGAUCCAAAUCAAAUAGCUACAAAACUCCUCGGGCUACUAUUGAGAAUACUACAGGCUCAAAAACUCAGAGAGCUCCACUGACCAAAAGCUAUUUGGAAGUGGUCCAGAAGAAAACUAGAGAUGAUUUUGGAGAAAAGUUGCUACCUAGCUUUGAAGCUGCUGUAAAUCAAGGUCAUGACAAGGCUGUUGGUCUAAAAAACAACAAAACUGCUAUGAAGUGGGGGCCUAUAGAAGCCACCACAAUGAGUGACAGAAUCAUAAGAGAUGGGAAACCUGCUCUGACCAAGGCCCAAGAAUUGAAGCAGAAGAGAGACUUGGAGAUUCUUAAAGAAUCCCAACCUCUUCCCCCUAACUCCAGGAAUAAAAUUAAAUCUAUUUCAAGUGAGCUGAAUGAUAUCUGGACUAGGGAGGAGAUCAAAGCCAGGCAGAGAUCCAGAGAGAGGGACAUCUUGGAGGGAGAACAUUAUACUGGAUACUUCAAGGCCAUUGCUAACCAGAAAAGGAGUAAGAAACAAGUACUGAUGCUGGAAGGAGAAAAUGUUCCUGUGAAUGAUCCUAAAGGUGAUCGUGAGGAAGACUACAAAAAACCUAUCCUUAUGGGAGGUGGUCAUGCCAGAUGCUGCCAAGCCGGAGCUAAAAGAGAUCGUGCGGAAGCUGGAGCAGGUGGCAAGAAAUCCCCCACCCCUCCUGUGGCCAGAUCGAGGUUGAUUGGGGGAAGAUAUGGGGGAGAACUCUCUGGGAGCGACCUGAUCAUGCUUUGAUAUACCUAGCAUUGUGGCGAUCUCCAAUGCAUGAAAAAGCGUGGAAAGGCGACUAAGGGCUGGAGCUUCGUCCUAUUUUAUCUUAGCUUCUUUCAGUUUUAGCCUUUCUAUCGUCGAGGGGAGUUUCCCCCGGCGGGCAUGUUGCUCUUUAGUUUCCUAAGCUUUUAAGCUUUGUAAUACUUAACUGAUACAUGACCGUGUUCUGCUGGGUUUCAUUGUUAAUGCAAUGGAGCUGGGGCUAGGCCCUUUUUCUCCCAAAAAAUGCAUAAUAGAACUACUGAAAUGGCAUGUACAGGCAGCCACCAAGAUUUGUAAUGCAGUCAUAAACCUGCAUACUAAAAAGUUGAUAAUUGUUCUUGCUGAUGUUCUGCCUCAUACAACAGAUCCGACCAAUCUAUAGCUCAGUUGUAAAAUUUUAAAAAUAAAAUACAAGAAAUGACGGGGGAAGAUGGUUGCAUCUUGCCUAGAGAGGGGCACCAUGGCACCAUCAAAAAGUGAUCUUUGUACAACAACGCAACUCUGUAUGCUCAGUGGGAGGGA